GAUGGGCCCCAGUGCCGCGGCUGUGCCUGAGACUCUGCUCAGCCUCCGGGGCCUGGUCUCUGAUGUCCCCCAGGAGCUGCAGGCCGUGGCACAGCAGUUCUCCCUUCCCCAGGAGCGAGUCUUGGAGGAGCUGGAUGGUGUCGGCGUGAGCAUCGGAAGCACGAUCCACACCCAGCUCAGUAGCACCGUGUACCAGGCACUGGCCUCAGUGCACAGCCUGGGCCAGGCCCUGCAGGUCUCCGUGGACCAUCUCCGAGCCCUAAACACCACCUCGGUGGAGCUGCUGGAGAGGCAGCAGGACCUGGAGCCGGCUGUCCGGGCGCGCCGGGAGCACCUCCUCGCCCUGCUGCAGGAACCCGGCUGCCGGGGCUGUGCAGAGGCCCUGAGCCAGGCCCGCGCCCUGGAGCUGGGGGCAGACUUCAGCCAGGUGCCCCCCGUGGACGAUGUCCUGCAUCGGCUGAAGGAUGUCCCAAAGGCCAACUUCUCCAGCAUGGUCCAGGAGGAGAACAACACCUUCAACUCCCUCCCGCUCCUGGCUGCCUUGCAGAUGGCUGACGUGGUCAGAGAGCUGAAGAAGGCAGUGGCCCAGCAGCCUGCAGGGCUGACAACACUGGCUGAAGGGUUCCCAGCCUGGGAGGCGGCCUCUCGCUGGAGCCGGGCACUGGAGGAGGUGGAACAGAGCAGCCGCCCCUACCUGAAGGAGGUGCAGAGAUAUGAGAAAUACAGGUGGAUUAUGGGCUGUGUGCUGUGCUCCAUGGUCCUGCUUGUGGUGGUCUGUAACCUGCUGGGCCUCAACCUGGGCAUCUGGGGGCUGUCCGCCAGGGAAGACCCAAGCCACUCAGAAGCCAAGGGCGAGGCUGGAGCCCGCUUCCUCAUGGCGUAAGAAGGGCUGGGGAGAGGAAGGCUGGGCGGUC